AGCCAGCAGAAAGGUUUAGGGCGGAAGGAGGGAAUCAUCAGCUUGUAGCACAGAGGAACUCUCGGAGCAGCAAUAAUGUGUGACUUCUCGGAAGAUCAGACCGCUGAGUUCAAGGAAGCUUUCCAACUCUUUGACAGAACGGGAGAUGGCAAGAUCCUAUACAGCCAGUGUGGGGAUGUGAUGAGGGCCUUGGGCCAGAAUCCCACCAAUGCAGAGGUCAUGAAAGUCCUGGGGAACCCCAAGAGUGAUGAAAUGAAUGUGAAAACUCUAAGCUUCGAACAGUUCCUGCCCAUGAUGCAAACCAUUGCAAAGAACAAGGAUCAAGGCUGCUUUGAGGAUUACGUAGAAGGGCUGAGGGUCUUCGACAAAGAGGGAAACGGCACAGUCAUGGGAGCAGAGAUACGCCAUGUUCUUGUCACUCUGGGGGAGAAAAUGACCGAGGAAGAAGUGGAGAUGCUGGUAGCUGGCCAUGAAGACAGCAAUGGGUGCAUUAACUAUGAAGCAUUUGUGAGACACAUCUUGUCAGGGUGAAUUCGAACGGGAGUUGGUGCGGAUGGUUCUGAGCGGCUGAAGACCACCACUGGCUUCUCCUGUGGAAAUUCUCCUCCAGUUUAUCCUUAACAGUUUUGUGCCUUUUUAAGCUGUGUGUUGAAAAUGCUUUUUGGUUCCUUCUCCAACCUGUUGGUUUUGUUCUUGGGUGGGGGGGAGGCAGAAACACUAUCUGAAGAAGGGUGCUCCUCAAUCUUUGUAGAAGUGCGGAGAUUGAUCUAGUGGCCACCUGGCUUUUCUUGCAGUACUGUUUCUUUCCAGAAGUGUUCAGCAAUUUCUCCCUCUCAAUUGCUUUAAUAAACUAUUCCUAAAGUGUCUUGCUAGUAUUGUUUAUUAAAUUUUGAGU